AUGACGUAUCUGUGCGCGUGUAUAUGAUGGCGACUGUGCGGCGGAUGUGUUUGUAGCGGUUUGGCGGAGAGUUUUAUCGAAUAAUCGCAUUUUAACGCUUUUAAUCGAUUGCUUAAAUCUGGUGGUAAAAUGACGAAUCGAACGGCGUAUUUCUAUGACCCGGAUGUGGGUAAUUUUCACUACGGUGCUGGUCAUCCAAUGAAACCCCACAGACUGUCCCUCACCCACAGUCUGGUCCUGCAUUAUGGCUUAUAUAAAAAAAUGAUGGUUUUUAAACCAUACAAAGCCUCUCAGCACGAUAUGUGUCGAUUCCACUCAGAGGACUACAUCGAUUUCCUGCAGAAAGUCAGCCCAAACAACAUGCAGGGCUUCACCAAGAGCCUCAACACAUUCAACGUUGGAGACGACUGUCCUGUGUUUCCGGGUCUGUUUGAGUUCUGCUCCAGAUACACCGGAGCGUCUCUACAGGGAGCAACUCAACUCAACCAUAAGAUAUGUGAUAUCGCUAUUAACUGGGCUGGAGGUUUACAUCACGCUAAAAAGUUUGAGGCGUCUGGAUUUUGUUAUGUGAACGAUAUUGUUAUCAGUAUUCUGGAGCUGCUUAAGUACCACCCACGCGUUCUGUACAUCGACAUCGAUAUUCAUCACGGUGACGGAGUUCAGGAGGCGUUUUAUCUCACAGACCGAGUGAUGACUGUGUCCUUCCAUAAAUACGGAAACUACUUUUUCCCAGGAACAGGUGACAUGUAUGAGGUUGGAGCGGAGAGUGGGCGUUAUUACUGCCUGAAUGUUCCUCUGAGGGACGGGAUAGAUGAUCAGAGCUACAGGCAGCUGUUCCAGCCUGUGAUAAAGCAGGUGGUCGACUUCUAUCAGCCCACCUGUAUCGUGCUUCAGUGUGGAGCCGACUCUCUGGGCUGUGACAGACUCGGAUGCUUCAAUCUCAGUAUACGAGGUCACGGGGAGUGUGUGGAGUUUGUGAAGAGUUUUAAGAUUCCUCUGCUGGUUCUGGGAGGAGGAGGGUACACUGUACGCAACGUGGCUCGAUGUUGGACGUACGAGACGUCUUUGCUGGUUGAUGAGUCCAUUAGUGAUGAGUUACCCUAUAGUGAGUAUUUUGAGUAUUUUGCUCCUGAUUUCACACUUCAUCCUGACGUCAGCACACGGAUCGAGAACCAGAACUCCAGACAGUACCUGGAGCAGAUCCGUCAGACGGUGUUUGAGAAUCUGAAGAUGCUGAAUCACGCUCCCAGCGUUCAGAUCCACGACGUCCCCUCAGACCUGCUGAGCUACGAGCGCAGCGACGACGCCGACCCUGACGAGAGAGGAUCUGAGGAGAACUACUCCAGGCCUGAGGCAGCGAAUGAGUUCUAUGACGGUGAUCACGAUAACGAUAAAGAGAGCGACGUGGAGAUCUGACCCCCGGCGACCUCGUCUCUGACGCUUCGUAAAAUGACCCAUUCUUUCUGUUCGCCUUUAUUCUGAACUCACGCCGAGUACCCUCAAUGUUUCCUCAUUUCAGAACAUUUCUUGUUUAUCGAUGUUCGUUUUUCUGUAUUAAUUACUUUAUUUUGUAUUGUUUUUGAGGUAUAUGAAGUCUAUAAUACUGUUUUUAUUCUCUCAUCAAUAUUGCCCUUUUUUCAAAACCUGAACUCAGCUCAGACCUGCAGUCGUUUACACACACAUUACUGCAAUAUAUAUACAGUAAUAUUACAGCGCGUCCUAAAAAUGAUGAACUGAUAACGGCUCUGAAUCUCAACACUGACGCUCGUUGAUGAAUUCAGUGAACACUGCAUUUUUAGAAUAAAUAAAUGAACAGUUCGGUCAUUGGAGAAUACUGCUUUAUGAUUUAUUAUUUGGUUAACUGUGUUCAUAUUUUAAUGUUGUUGUUUGUACAGAAUUUGUAUGUGCAUUUAAUAAACACUUGUUAAUUCUC